AUGCCAUUGAUGAUGCCUACGAAGACUGUAGUAACAAUCAACUCGACUGGUCGUCAGACGGCCUCCUUUGUUCGCGUCGCCUCCGCCGUGGGCUGGCGCGUGAGAGCCCAGGUCCGAUCAUGCGAUGGACUAGUCGCCGAGGAACUGGCCGCUCUACCCAAUGUCGAAAUCGUGGAAGGAGAUUUGUGUCAACCAAAAGCUGAUUUGAUUCCCUUCCUAAAUCACCUUUUCGAAGGUGCCAAGUUGGCAUUCAUCAAUACUACUCACUGGGGUGAUGAAGUUGCGAUCGGCAAAGCCUGUGCGGACGCUGCAAAGAGAGCAGGCGUGACACAUUACAUCUACUCCUCCAUGCCGGAUCAUUCUGUCUAUAACCCGGACUGGAGACCACUUCCGCUAUGGUCGCAAAAAUUCACGAUAGAGAACUACGUCCGUCAACUUGGAAUUCCGGCUACCUUCACCUAUACUGGAAUCUACAACAACAACUUCACCUCACUACCUUAUCCACUAUUCCGUAUGGAGCUCCAAGAAGAUGGCAGUUUCAUCUGGCAAGCACCAUUCCACCCUCACGAUCCGUUACCUUGGUUGGAUGCUGAGCAUGAUGUUGGCCCUGCCCUUUUGCAAAUCUUCAAAAUGGGUCCGAAUGCCUGGAAAGGCCAAAGAGUCACACUUGCCUUCGAGAGACUGAGUCCGACUCAAGCCUGCGUCAAAUUUUCACGCGGUGUAGGUAGACCAGUCAAAUAUGUCCAUGGGCCGGUAGACAUCGAAGUCUCCCUCCCCAGCGGCUAUCGAGAACACCUCCAAUCUCUCCAGGAAACCCUCGGCGAAAAGAGAGCACCCUACUUCGGACCACUAGAGUACCCCCAGGAAGCCAGAAGUCUAUGGGAAGGCUACCGUUCACUCGAAGAAUACGCGCGUGAAGUCUUUCCAGAUGAGGAAGCCGCCAACGGACUAACAUGGAUGGAUGACGAUAAAGAAUUCCCCGAAUACGCCGAGAGCAAUGAAGAUCCUGAUGAGGACCGAGACGAAAGCAGUGUGGGCAGCACCACAUAUCCCACGCCUUCUUGGACACCUGGCAUGCGAACACCAUUCAACCACCCAGAAGCAGACGCCCUCAAUUUCUUCGUAGGAAGCUGUUAA